UCCCCCAAUGCCGCCUCCGCAAAUCGUCGCCGGCGGCGACCACCACCCGCCCCCCACCUCCGCCUGCUCGCCGGAGCACCCCUUCCUCUCCGCCCGCCUCCUCCUUCCUUCGCUGUCCUCGUCACCGGCCGACCUCUCCUCCCCGCACCUCCCCCUGUCCCUCGCCUUCUCCUUCCGCACCCACCCUUCCCCUCUCCCUCGCCAUCUCGAUGAGUGCAGGGAAAAACUGGUAUCGUUCUGUGCCUCCAUGCUGCGGGAUCACUUCCAAGUAUGUGCGCUUAUCGGAAGGGAUCUCGUGAGGUCGCUCCACGAGCUGGUGCUCGUGGCGGAGUUCCAGGCACUGUGGAGAGACUUGAUGUUGCACCGUGGCACUGACGUCUGCUGGAUCAGCACGCCCGGUUGUUUCACCGCAGUGGCCAUCACUCCAGAGAUGGAGACGCAGCUCUUGUUCAUGAUGAACAAUGUGAAGUGGGGAGAUCAGAAGAGGCACCAGCUCUGGUUUUCGAGGAAGCAUCUGAUGGUGCCUGGAGGGGAGGGGAGGAUACCGGACAUUGUUCGGUUCAUAUGUUGUGGAUGCCACCCGACGAAUGAGAUCAUGCAGUCAGGCGCCAUUGCUCGCUGGACAGUCAUAGGCUGGCUGCUGACAAGUUGCAGCAAGGGCUACGUUCGAAGCUGGCUCUGUUCUAUGACGAGUAGUGUCAUGAAUAUUGAGCCUGCAAUGCUCCUGAUGGUGAACUCGGUAUCACAGUAUACAGAUAUCACAAACAUGCUGCUUGAGUUCUUGUUUCUUCUGAUUGAGAACUAUGAUGUGCGGAGGAAGGAGGCGUUAGCUCAGUGUGUGAGGAGGGCGUUUGUGGUACUGGUGAAUAAAGGAGUGGUCCCGUCAUUGGAGCCAUUGGCAUGUUGUGAGAAGCUAUCACCAUUGCUGAGGCAGAAGCUUGUGGCAUUUUUAUCAAAUACCGGUCCUGGAGCAGCUGAAGAAGCUUGCGGGAAAUCAAUAGAUGAGGCAGCAAUAGUAAACACUUCCACGAAGAAUGUUUCUUGGAAGUCAACUUUGGCCUUCUGCAUCAUGAUGAAGUUAAUCUGUGAAUCCCAGUGUAUGUUGAGGGCUUGCCAGCAUCUUGCACUAAAAGGACAGAUAAAGAACAAGUGAAAAGCUGUUUCUUCCGCAAUUGCUCCUUGUUCACCAGCAAUUGCUCUUUUUGGAAGCUUUGGGAAGACCUGGAAAGAGGACUUGGAAGGUUUAGGUUUCACAAGGAGAGGAGGAGGAGAGGUGAAGAAAUCUUCGGAACCAGGAACAAGAAGGAAUAUGGAGUGUGGGAUUAUCAAAAGCUGGCCCUAUAACCUGCAUGCCAAUUCCCACUGACAUCAGAAGCCAACUGUCAGUUCAACUAAAUCAGAAGCCAUCCACUCAACUUGUUAACAUUCAAGUAAUGGCCAUAUGUCACAGUAUUUGGAGAUCAUGAACUUUCUGCUUGAUGUUUUAUUUCUGCUGGUUGAAAACUAUGAAGACUUAAGUUUGCUCAAGCUAUGGUAUCUUCAACUGGUGUGCAACUGAAGUGCCAAAGAUGUACAUAUUGGGUGCAGCACUAAGGGAUCAGUUCACUUGUUUUUUGUUCAUCUGAAGGAAAUAUUACAUUAUCUCAAUUAUGAUACUUGUGAUUAUUGUGGUUCAAUUCACAUUAGUUCCAAAUGUGGUGAAUUGGAGUACAGCAGAGAAAUAGGUCUUUAUACAUUAUCGUCUGCUUGAAUCUAUUAAAGAAGCUGUGAUGAGAUUUUGGAUGCUACAAGUCCAAGAUAGACAAUAUAACAGAUGCUUCCAGCGAUGUGUCAAGAUCCGAGUUUGCAUAUGUUGAAAUCACCAUGCACAACAUUUUGUGAUAGUGGAAAUUUUUGUUUAUUAUUAUUUUUACAAAAGGGUUCUAUACACAUCAGGCAUUUGUAUGGAUGUAUUUCUCUGGACUCUGGAGCUAUAGCAGUUGAUCCGAUUUAAGUUUAUGUAUUCUAAAAUUCCUUUGAAACAAAAUUAUGUGCUUGUAAACAUUUUAUAGCUAUUCAG